UCCCGUAGAUCUGAGAGAGUACCAACGACAAACUUUGUCCGAAUGGCGUUUCCCAUUGAUCACUCCCUCGCAGAUCUAACCAAGCUCAAUCUCUUACCGAAAUCUCACGGACACGCCUCGGACAUGUUCCCCUUCCGUCUCUCCGUGUUUCCACGUGUACACCUCUCCCUCCGCACAUCCACCUCUCGCCUCCUCUCCUCUCUCGGAUCUAAAGUCGAUCCAAACGGCAGCGUUCUGAUCGAAACCACCACGCCCCCCGAGCCCUCCCCCGACGUAACCGGCGGAGUUCAGGAUGUCUACGGGGAAGACGCCGCCACGGAGGACAUGCCCAUCACCCCCUGGUCUCUCUCCGUCGCGAGCGGCUACACUCUGCUGCGCGAUCCGCAUCACAACAAAGGCCUCGCCUUUAGCCAGAGGGAGCGCGACGCUCACUACCUCCGCGGGCUGCUUCCUCCCACUGUUAUCUCGCAAGAUCUUCAGGUGAAGAAGAUGAUGCACACGCUAAGGCACUAUCAGGUUCCCUUGCAGAGAUACAUGGCUAUGAUGGAUCUGCAGGAGACGAACGAGAGGCUGUUUUACAAGCUUCUUAUCGAGCAUGUUGAAGAGUUGCUGCCUGUUGUUUAUACUCCUACCGUUGGUGAAGCUUGCCAGAAGUAUGGAAGCAUUUUCUUGCGUCCGCAGGGGCUUUUCAUCAGCUUGAAAGAAAAAGGUAAGAUUCUUGAAGUGCUGAGGAAUUGGCCUGAGAAGAAUAUCCAGGUCAUUGUUGUCACCGAUGGGGAGCGCAUUUUAGGUUUAGGGGAUCUUGGUUGUCAGGGAAUGGGAAUACCAGUUGGGAAACUUUCUCUAUAUACAGCCCUUGGAGGUGUUCGUCCAUCUGCGUGUCUGCCUGUAACAAUUGAUGUUGGGACAAACAAUGAGAAGCUGUUGAAUGAUGAGUUCUACAUUGGGCUCCGCCAAAGGAGAGCUACUGGAGAGGAGUACGCUGAACUUAUGCAUGAGUUCAUGACAGCAGUCAAGCAGAACUAUGGGGAGAAAGUUGUUAUUCAGUUCGAAGACUUUGCCAACCAUAAUGCUUUUGACCUGUUAGCUAAGUAUGGUACAACGCAUCUUGUUUUCAAUGACGAUAUUCAGGGCACAGCAUCAGUUGUGCUUGCUGGACUUAUUGGCGCUCUUAGAUUUGUUGGUGGACCCUUGGCAAAUCACAGAUUCCUCUUCCUCGGUGCUGGAGAGGCUGGCACAGGAAUAGCUGAACUAAUUGCUCUUGAGAUAUCAAAGAAGUGCCAAAUUCCAUUGGAAGAGGCUCGGAAGAAUAUUUGGCUUGUGGAUUCGAAGGGAUUGAUUGUCAGUUCCCGUAAAGAAUCCAUUCAACAUUUCAAAAAGCCCUGGGCUCAUGACCAUAAACCCAUAAAGGAACUUGUUGAUGCAGUCAAGGCAAUCAAGCCAACCGUUUUAAUAGGAACAUCAGGAGUAGGUCAAACAUUCACUCAAGAAGUGGUGGAAACCAUGGCAGAGCUAAAUGAGAAACCCAUCAUCCUUUCUCUUUCAAACCCAACUUCUCAGUCAGAAUGUACAGCAGAACAGGCUUAUAAGUGGAGUAAGGGACGAGCUAUCUUUGCAAGUGGAAGCCCAUUUGCGCCGGUAGAGUAUGAGGGGAAGACGUUUGUUCCUGGACAGGCAAACAAUGCUUAUAUAUUCCCUGGGUUCGGACUGGGGCUAAUAAUGUCAGGGACCAUUCGUGUUCAUGAUGACAUGCUUCUGGCAGCUUCAGAAGCUUUGGCUGAGCAGCUGAUGGAGGAGCACUAUGAGAAGGGGAUGAUAUUCCCUCCCUUUAGGAAUAUCAGAAAAAUCUCAGCUCGUAUUGCAGCUAAGGUGGCUGCAAAGGCCUAUGAACUGGGAUUGGCGACGAGGUUGCCUCAGCCCAAGGAGCUGGAGAAGUGUGCUGAGAGCAGCAUGUACAGCCCUUCCUAUCAUAGCUACCGCUAAGGGGAUAAGCUUAAACUAUCUUCCCAUUCUUUUCACCAUCUUAAUAUAUGUGUUUGUUAUCAUCACUAUUCGAAAUAAUCUACUAAAACUGCUUCUCUAGAGUUUAGACUCUUGUGUUUGUAGUCAUGUUAUGUUGUUUAGCAUCUUCGUAUACACAUAUAUGCAACUGAUUUCAUAUGGUUUUCCUUUUAGGAAAUUUUCAUGAUAAUCCUUUUUUUGUGAAAUUUC